CUUGGUUCUGUUUACUGAGGUAAGAACCCAACUAAAAUGCACAAUAAUGUAGAUUGCCAAAAACAUUUGAUUUUAGCAUAACUCAACAUUUGAAAAGCUUAUGAACAUUGUUGUAAAGUGGUUUUUGUUUUUUUUACUUAGAUUUUGGUUGAAAUUACUUUUUACGCAGGUCUACAUACCCCCCUUACACUUGUUUAAAUUCUAUGUGUGUUUGAUGUUCUGUGUUGCAGAAAUGAUAGCUGAAAAUGGGAGACUGGAAUUUGCUGGGCAGUAUUUUGGAAGAAGUUCACAUACACUCCACCAUCGUUGGCAAGAUAUGGCUCACUAUCCUCUUCAUAUUUCGAAUGCUUGUACUUGGAGUGGCAGCUGAAGACGUAUGGGAUGAUGAACAGGAUGCUUUUAUUUGCAACACAGAACAGCCUGGGUGCAGGAAUGUUUGCUAUGACAACGCUUUCCCCAUAUCUCUUAUCAGGUAUUGGGUGCUUCAGAUCAUAUUUGUGUCUUCACCAUCCCUUGUUUACAUGGGGCACGCACUUUACAGACUAAGAGCCUUAGAAAAGGAGAGACAAAGAAAGCGAGCCCAGCUCAGAGCAGAGCUGGAGGAACUAGACACCAUGAUUGAUGAACACAGGCGGUUAGAAAAAGAACUCAGGAAAUUGGAGGAACAAAAAAAGGUAAAUAAGGCUCCCCUCAGAGGCUCACUGUUACGCACAUACGUACUGCAUAUCUUAACCAGAUCUGUGGUAGAAGUUGGCUUCAUGAUAGGUCAGUACUUACUGUAUGGAUUUGACCUGGAUCCUCUGUACAAAUGUUCACGCUUGCCAUGUCCGAAUGUAGUAGACUGUUUUGUGUCCAGGCCAACAGAGAAAACCAUCUUUAUGGUGUUUAUGCAUAGUAUAGCGGCAAUGUCAUUGUUCUUAAACAUUUUAGAAAUUUUUCAUUUGGGAAUCAAAAAGAUAAGGCAAAGUCUGUACAGUAAGCAUGUUUCUGAUGUGACAGAGGAUGAAAUAAGCAUUUGCAAAUCCAAGAAGAACUCGGUGCAGCAGGUUUGCAUGAUGAGUGAUUCUUCUCCAAACAAGAUCAUUCCAAUGUCUUCAAGUAGCUUCAAACUUCUCCCAGACCAGCAGAUGGACACAGUUGGUCUUCCAGCUUAUCUUCCCCCGACACAGAGUUUUAAGGAGGUACAAAUGAUCAAUGACCAUAAUCAGUAUGGAAAAGUUAUGGUUCCUGACAAGCACAGAAGAAGUAGGGAUCACAUUGACACUGAUCAGCACAGUGGACAGCUUAAUUUGCAUUGCAAACAAGAGUCACGUUAUAAUGAACGUCACAGAAUGGGUAAUCAUACUGACCAGUACCGUGGUCAGGCUUUGAACCGGAGUCCCCCUGAUCAGCACCUAGGGGAGCGUAGGGGGGACCAGCCACUCACCUCCAGUAUGCAAAAAAGGAACCUGUCUUCUAGCAGUGAGGAUUCUCAUAGGAAAUUACAGAACAAUAACAACUGCCUGGGGUCCAAAAGCUGUCUCAAAAGCCAGCAGUCUUUGGACCAUGGCCGACAUGGUCCAGUACACCCCCUAAAAUCUUGUCUACAUUCCAGUCACAUGGAGCUACCAUCUGCUCUGCGCAAGUAUAGCAGAGUGAGCAGCUGCAAGGACUUUGCUGAGGAUCGAAGUGACUCUGCAGACAGUGGCCACCGGAAAGUUAGCUCCACUUCCAGGGGGCUGUCCGACAGCAGGCUUGCCAGCGACCCAGAGAGCUCUGACUCAAGGAAUGGCUCAGGAUCUGAGUCACGGAGGCGAGACGAGAGCCCGAGCAUCACACCUCCUGCACCAUCUGGCCGCAGAAUGUCAAUGGCAAGUAGAGGCAGGCAGUCAUUGGCUAACCCUCUUUACAGGCUGCUGGUCUAGUCCCGGGCUAGCACGUGGUAAUAUCAUUAUGUGAAUUCCAGUGAUUUGCUCAUUGCUAAAAAAAAAAUAAAAAAAAAAUGUAACAGUGUAUCAAAACUAAAGUCAAAAGAUGUGUGGAUUUAUAUAAUAUUAACCUCUUAAGUACCAAAUAGUUUUAUCAUACACCGGCCUUUAAAUAUCCUAUAUCACAAUGGAAUAGCCAACUAAUUUGACAAAUGCAAAAUUCCAUUCCAUACUGGCACGGUGUAUUUAGGCACUUGACUAUGACCCUUAAAGGGUUACGACUGUGUGGUCCUAAAGGGGUUAAUAAAUACUAGGACAUAAUAAAUGUUCUUAUGCAUCCUUGUGGUACCUCUUCUCUUACUUCUGUUAGCCACCAGUCUAACCUGGAAAAAAGUUUUUAUAAGGAUGUGUAAAAGCAUCAAAACAAGUUAAACAAGGAGAUUAAACUGUAUUAUUCAAAGAAAAAAAGGGUCCAGAUUUUCUGAUGCAAAAAUAUGAAACAAUACGUUUCCUUUAGCAUUUUCCAUUAUCUUGACAUGCAGUUCUGUGUAUCAUUCAAUUUACCCAUCUCACCUAGCUAACUUGCCAUAUAAUAGGGUAUUUGAUAAAAGGGCAAAGAUUUAAUGCCAAAAGAAUGUUCCUUCUGCAUGAUUCAUUUUUAGUACAGUCCCACUGUUUUUAUAUAUAGGUUAUAGGUUAUGUCUAACCAAUGACUGUGCUGCUUGAAUUGACAGUGAUAAAAAAAGAAAACGCUGUGCACUCCCUUAUCCACUAAACAGCAACUUUGGUGCUGACAGAUUUUGUUAGUUUUUUAAAAAAAAACUCCUAAUCUAGGCAAACAUUAAUGGGGGUUUAGUUACAUUAUACCCCAUCUUUGGCAGGUCCUACUCUAACAGCCAAAUGUUUGCUUCAUGAGCUACUUACUUGGGGAAAUCCUUCCAUCUCGAGUGUUCUGCAGUACAAGGCUAAAUAGGGCCCUGGGAUGAGGCACCUGUGACAGGCAGGGGUGCAAAACCAAGGAGCUGGCCUGGGACUCCCAAAUAUAUAUAUAUAUAUAUGCAUAGGCGUGCGCACGGGGUGUGCCGGGUGUGCCUGGGCACACCCUAAUCCCCGUGGCACGCCUAUGAUUUGAGUCCCUGCAGGCACUCAGUGCCCCCUGUUUCACCUCUUGCCCCUGUCAUGGGAGGGCAAGAGGUGAUGAUUCCACCCACCCUGCAGUUCAGCCGCGGCGAGGGAGCUCUCUGCUGUCUGCUCCCUCUCGCCGCGCGCUGAUGCCUGGAGCCGGGAUAUGACGUCAUAUUCCGGCUCCCAGCUGCAGCAGACAGCCCGCGCGGCGAGAGGGAGCAGACAGCAGAGAGCUCCCUCGCCGCGGCUGAACUGGAGAAAGGCGCCUGCCCCCACUGGACCCCAGAGAAAAGUCCACCAGCACUCCAGGUAGGAGGCUGGGUGGACAUUUUUUUUAUUUAAAUUAAAAUAUAAUAAUUUGUGUGUGAGUGUGUCUGUGAGUGUGUGAGUGUGUGUCAGUGUGUCUGAGUGUGUGAGUAUGUGUCAGUGUGUGUUUCUGUGAGUGUGUGAGUAUGUGUCAGUGUGUGUUUCUGUGAGUAUGUGUCAGUGUGAGUGUGUGUCUGUGAGUGUGUGAGUAUGUGUCAGUGUGAGUGUGUGUCUGUGAGUGUGUGAGUAUGUAUCAGUGUGUGUUUCUGUGAGUGUGUGAGUAUGUGUCAGUGUGUGUUUCUGUGAGUGUGUGAGUAUGUGUCAGUGUGAGUGUGUGUCUGUGAGUAUGUGUCAGUGUGUGUUUCUGUGAGUGUGUGAGUAUGUGUCAGUGUGAGUGUGUGUCUGUGAGUGUGUGAGUAUGUGUCAGUGUGAGUGUGUGUCUGUGAGUGUGUGAGUGUGUGUGUAUGUGUCGUAUGUGAGUGUGUCUGUGAGUGUGUGAGUAUGUGUCAGUGUGUCUGGAGGUGAGUAUGUGUCAGUGUGAGUGUGUGUCUGUGAGUGUGUGAGUAUGUGUGUCAGUGUGUGUUUCUGUGAGUGUGUGAGUAUGUGUCAGUGUGUGUUUCUGUGAGUGUGUGAGUAUGUGUCAGUGUGAGUGUGUCUGUGAGUGUGUGAGUAUGUCAGUGUGAGUGUGUGUCUGUGAGUGUGUGAGUAUGUGUCAGUGUGUCUGAGUGUGUGAGUAGUGUCAGUGUGUGUGUGUCUGUGAGUGUGUGAGUAUGUGUCAGUGUGAGUGUGAGUAUGUCAGUGUCUGAGUGUGUGAGUAUGUGUCAGUGUGUGUGUGUCUGUGAGUGUGUGAGUAUGUGUCGCGAGUGUGUGCGUCUGUGAGUGUGAGUAUGUGUCAGUGUGUCUGAGUGUGUGAGUAUGUGUCAGUGUGUGUGUCUGAGUGUGUGAGUAUGUGUCAGUGUGAGUGUGUGUCUGUGAGUAUGUGUCAGUGUGUGUUUCUGUGAGUGUGUGAGUAUGUGUCAGUGUGAGUGUGUGUCUGUGAGUGUGUGAGUAUGUGUCAGUGUGUCUGAGUGUGUGAGUAUGUGUCAGUGUGUGUGUGUCUGUGAGUGUGUGAGUAUGUGUCAGUGUGAGUGUGUUUGUGUCUGUGAGUGUGUGUGUCAGUGUGUGAGUGUGUGUCUGUGUGUGUCUGUGAGUGUAUGAGUGUCUGUGAGUGUGUGUGUGUGUGUGUGUGUGUCAGUGUGUGUCUGUGAGUGUGUGUGUGUGUCUGUGUGUGUGUGUGUCUGUGUGCCUCUGAGUGUGUGUGUGUCUGUGAGAGUGUGUGUGUGUAUAUAUAUAUAUAUAUAUAUAUACACACACACACACGCGCGGCGUGUGUUUGUGCUUUAGGGUGCACACCCUAAUGCAAUAGGCUGCGCACGCCUAUGUAUAUAUGUAUAUAUAUAUAUAUAUAUAUAUAUAUAUAUAAAAGAAACCAGGGGGCUGGCUGCACUCACCUGAACAUGCAUAAAUAGGGUGCUGCUGGGAGCCAAUUUAUACAAUAAAAAUGAAAAUCCAGUGCACUCCCUUAUCCACUAAACAGCAACUUUGGUGCUGACAGAUUUUUAGUUUUUUAAAAACACCUAAUCUAGGCAAAAAAUUAUGGGAGUUUAGUUACAUUAUAUGAUCAUACAUUGAAUAAGCCUGCCACAAUGUCAAUAAGUUCCCCUAGUAUGUAGCUCAUGAAGCAGACAUUAGGCUGUUAGAGUAGGACCUGCCAAAGAUGGGGUACAUUGACGUUGUGGCAGGCUUAUGCAAUCAUAUAAUGUAACUAAACCCACAUUAUUUUUUGCCUAGAUUAGGUGUUUUUAAAAAAAACUAACAAUCUGUCAGCACCAAAAUUGCUGUUUAGUGGAUAAGGGAGUGCGCUGGAUUUUCUUUUUUUUUUUUUUGUAUAAAUUGGCUCCCAGCAAAAUUAGUGUUAUAUUAUAGGAACACUAUAGUGACAGGGAUACAAACGUGUAUGCCUGUCACUAUAGCUGUGAAAACAUAAUUUAGGCCACCAGCCACUCUGUCAGUAGAGUAAAAGGUGACUUUACUCACAUCAGGUGACCUGCACCCGCUCCACCUUGUCUCAUAUAAUCAAAUUUGAUAAUCUCAGCCAAUCCAAUGGUUUCCCAUAGGAAAUUAGUACACCAAUCAGCAUCUCCUCAUAGAGAUGCAUUGCAUCAAUAUAUCUCUACGAGGAAUGUUCUAGACUCAAGCAAAAUAGACAUUGCCUGUUCAUGUUUGCCAUAAUACCCAAUUCAUACCCAACAGCAAAAAGAUCAUAGGUUUGAGCAGACAGCAACAUUUCAGAAUAUGUCCUUGUAUAAGCCUCCUAUUGCAAGCUUACAGGGUUACACCAACCAAAGAACAGUGUUUUCAUUAAACACUGCCACCAUUGGCUAUCUAGUGCAUGCUGUGCGUGCUGGUGUCAGAGCUUAAUUUUGCACAAAAUUUUAUAUUACCCAGCCCAGAACUUUGUUCUGGAUCAGCUAUGAAUUCUGCUGGAGGUGAAGCUACACAUCUGGCAGCUAAGGGGUUCAUCUUUGUAUUUGCAGAUCUUAACCGUAAAUGAUAAUCACAUUUCAUCUCUAUGUUGUGCUUGACGAAUUGAUAGCAGAUGUCUAGAUUUCUUUAAAAUCAGAGAUAAAAAAAAAACUGCUAUUUCCUUCUCUUAUCAGUCAGUUCAGUGAUAAGAGGGCUGUGCUCUGCAUAUCUGUUAAGCCCAACUCAGGAUGUCUCUCCUGCUUCACUUCUGCCUAAGUGAAAGCAAUGCAUGCAUGGGGAAGGAGGAAGAAAGGGCAAGCUCUGUAUGAGAACAUGUUGAUUAUAUUAUUCCAUGUUGUUAUAUGUCAUGUGUUAUUGUUCAUCUGAGAUUAUAUUUACCUAAUUUUAAGAUCUGCUAAGGAACAGAUGAUAAUUGUGUCCUGUAAAACCAUAGAAUUCAAAGAGGGUAUACUUUCUUUUUCCCAUGACUGUAUAAAAUGAGUAUCACUACACAACCACACUGCACCCACUAUGCACACAUUGUAUUCUCUUUACACAUAAAAUUCACUAUACACAAUGCAUCCACUACACACACACACACACACUGCAUUCCCUUUACACACUGCAUCCACUACAUCCACUUUGCAACUACUGCAUCCAAUUGACUCACACACACUCUCUUUAUUUUUUAUUUUUUAUUUUUUUUUUAUUUUUUUUUUAUUCUUUAUUUAUGUUGUGCACAUGUUAACAUACAAGUUCGGUACGCCACGAUAGCUAUACCAAACUAUAGUAAUGCAGUCAAGGAACAUCAAUAUCAUGGCAAGCAUUUACAUGUCACAUUUUUUAAUUUUUAAGAGUUGUCGUUCAGGUGGGGUAUACACAGACUAUGUGAGUUGGUAGGUAUGUGGUUGGCCCUCCAGCUCCAGGCACUCUUAUGCAUCUCUGGUGUGUUGCGGCCUAAAUCUAACUGGGUUACAGUGGUGGUGCUCUGUGUUCUGAAGUGCGUCCCAGCUAGUGUGUGUGCCGGAGUGUGUUAGAGGUUCGUUGCUGGCUGCCUCCGGUACUUGCCAUAGCUGUAUUAUAGGUACUACGGUCUUAGGAGGUGUGUGUGGGGGGGUAGUGUAAGUGGCUCAAGGGGAGCUGUCGGGUUUCAGGUGGGCUGUUUGUGGGGGAGCCCUCUCUUGUGUGCACGUCAGUAGGGUUAGGUUGGAACAUGUGGCCAAGAUAUGUAUAGCAGGGAGCGGAAAAAUCAACAGAAAAAUUAGCAGUUUAAACAGUGUAAAACGAUAUAAAUAUAUAACUGGUGCCCUAGGCCGAGUCUAAGGACGUGGUAUUAGCUGGCUGUCCAUCUAUUCAAUGUCCUCAGGUGAUGGCCGCUGCCAUUCCUCCCUUGUUCUGCCGUCGGGGGGAGAACGGGAUCACUGUGUCCGGGUUCCAUUGGUGUGGCGUGCGGCCUGCCGCCUCCGCUGCGGUAGAUGACAGGGCGUCUAGAGGUAGGUUGAGGGUGGGUAGUGUGGCCUUUGCCUCUUCUAGAUCUCUGAUCUGGAGCUUGUUUCCCCCGUGCUGGAUCAGUAAGGUGCGGGAUUGCCGCCAUUGGUAAGGAAUCUGCUUCUGUCGGAGGAGUGAUGUGACGGGUCGGAGCGAUCUUCUCCAAGCUAGCGUACUCCCUGAUAGGUCCGGGAAGAAGGUGAGAGACAUGUCCUCAAAUUUAUAUGGCGCGUGGUCUCUGACCGCCGCCAUCACCGCUGCUUUAUCUUUUCCGCUCAUUAGUUGGAUGACCAUGUCCCUCGGUACGUCGUCCCGUGCUCUUGGGGAUUUGGGUACACGAAAGAACCCCUCUAUUCCCACCAGCUUGCCCUGUCUUGGGGUAAGUAUAGUGCUUAGUAGGCGCCUCAGGAGGUGCGGUAAUUCCGCUGUCGGCACUUCAUCCGAGAUGUCCCUAAUCUUUAUAUUAUUCUUCCGCCUCCAAUCCUCCAUUGCGGAGAAGCGGCGUUCAGCUUGUUCGCUGUGGCGCUGGAGCCCCCGAACCGCCUCUUGAAGUGUGGCAAUCUGUUGGGCCUGGGUAUCGGACGCGGCUUCCACCACCGCCAGUCUGCCCGUAAGGCCUUGUAAAUCCGUGCGGAUUAGUGCAACAUCCGUCUGGAUGUUCCUCUGGAGAUCUGCCAGGAGUGCUUUCAGCACCGCUGCCGUCACUGGUGCGUUGUCUCGGUCGGUGUGCUGUUGGGCAACUUUUGGAUUUGCAAGUGGGAUCUCGCUGUCCUCGUCAGGGGACAUGUCGUCUGAGAGGUCAGAGUACGUUGCAGGAUGGUCGGACAUCUUUGGUCUCGUCCCUCCACUGGCCUGCCGCAGCAUGUCUCCGAUAUCAAAGCCUAUCCGUGUCUUUUCUGGCCUCAUUUUCUUUGAUUUGCGACCCAUGGUGUGUCCACAGUCUCGUGGGGGGUUCCCCUGUCGUGGGUAGCCCAAUUUUAGGGUCUUGUGCGGUAGUUGUUUGGGUUCCGCGGUCAGAGCUCAGACAAUGUGCGGCCAUUCAGCUCGCCCGCUUGGCUCUGCCCCCAUUGUUUUUAUUUUUUUUAUUAAUACUUUAUAAAAAAUUUCCAUUUUACAGCAGACAAAUACAAAUAAACAAAUAAUAUAUCUACCUAACUCUUGCUCAAUAUAAUCGACUAUCCGUACAUAGGUAUCAAUAUCUCAAAUAGCAUACACACACACUCUCUUAAAGGACCACUAUAGUGCCAGGAAAACAUACUCGUUUUCCUGGCACUAUAGAGCCCUGAGGGUGCCCCCACCCUCAGGGACCCCCUCCCGCCCGGCUCUGGAAAGGGGAAAGGGGUUAAAACUUACCUUUUUCCAGCGCUGGGCGGAGAGCUCUCUGCCUCCUCUCCUCCGAUCCGCCCCGUCGGCUGAAUGCGCACGCGCGGCAAGAGCUGCGCACGCAUUCAGCCGGUCACAUAGGAAAGCAUUCAUAAUGCUUUCCUGUGGACGCUGGCGUGCUCUCACUGUGAAAAUCAUUUAAGCUGAAGUGGUCUGGGUGCCUAGAGUGGUCCUUUAAUGUACACACUCUGCAUCCUAUAAAUACACACACUCUGUAUCCACUGUACAUAUACAAUACACACACCAUGCAUCCUCUAUACACAGGGCUGGCCUCAGGGGCGUGCAAGCUGUGCAGCUGCACAUGGCACCCUGGCAGCAGGGGGUGCCAUGUGGCUGACACAGCUCACACAUAAGGAAAAUCCAGAGCUCUAAAUCAAAGCAAUUCUCAGUAUUAUGUGACAUACUUAGUCAGCCCCUCUGUAACACAGAGAAGGCAGUCUGGCAACUUCUGCCUGCACUUCUGUUCGCAGAAGACCACAAGUAGCUGUCUUCCUAGUUCGGCCAAUCAGAGUGUUGCCGCGGUUUACCACAGGAAAGCUCUGACACUGCAAGUGCCUGAGCAUGUGACACAGUUACGCAUGGUCUGCACCCAGUGGAGGAGCAGACCAGAUUCCCGGCACACUGGAACGCCAGAGAUCAGCAUGCCCCUGUCCAAACAAGGUAACAACAGGAAAGGAGGAAUUUGUUUUUAAAUCAUUCUUAAUUUAAUAAAUCCCCUAUACAAACACUACACCUCUAUACAUACACUAUACAUAAAUAAUUGGGGGACGCUGUAAAGAUUUUUCGCACAGGGCGCCUUAAGGCUGGCCCUGUCUAUAUACACACUGCAUCUACUAUACACACACUGCAUCCACUGUACUCAUCCCUGUAGGGACGAACUUGGGGGUGGACACUAGCUAGCACUUGUUAUAUCAGUGAAAAAUACUUGAAAUGUCCUUACUAUUUACUUGCUAACUUUACUAUUUAAUGGCAACAGCAGUUCUCACCGCAGGAUCAAUUUUUUUUUAUUUUUGAUGGGUUUUUGUUUUUUAUGGAAUAUAAUUUUUAGUGUGGGAAAGAGAGAGAGAGAAAGAGAGAGAAAGAAAGAAAGGUUAAAAAAAGCUCACCUUGUAAUGUUACACACAAACACAAAAGCAUAUCACAGUGGUCCACUGGCACAUAGAAUUAUACUUGCAAACACUCUAGUGAUAAUCCUCAAUUUUGCCUACACUAAACUGAUGUAUGCUACCUAAAUAAAAAGGCACAAACAUUUCUUAUAAAAAAGCUGUGGCCCUCUCCAGAUUUUUUGGAACAGUGUCCAUUUACAAUCUCACUGGAAAAAAUGGCAGGGGGGAAAAUAACAAAUACAAUAUGUAACUGAUGGCACAGAAGACACAAAACAUUGCUAUUUAUUAAAAUGCUACAAUUUCCACAAUCUUGCUCCCUAUAUUUGACACUAUUGUCUUACUUUAAAGGACCACUAGAGGCAAAUUAUGUGUAAAUAGUUUUUUGUUCCUCUUUUGCCUUCACUUCUGAUUUCUUUAGUAUCUGUUUACUUUAUAGCUUUGGUGUAUUCUUAUUCUUUUGUCCUUCCCUCCCUCAUUUCUUUGAUAUCCCCACCUUUUCCCUACCAGUCCCUGUUACCCACCCAUCCAUGUGGUAACCCCUUCCCUACCAGUCCCUGUUACCCACCUAUCCAUGUGGUAACCCCUUCCCUACCAGCCCUGUUAUCUGCACAUCCUGCUGUUAACCCCUUCCCUGCUAGUACCUGUUAUCCACACAUCACUCUAAAAACCCCUUCCCUACCAGUCCCUGUUACCCACCUAUCCAUGUGCUAACCCCUUCCCUGACAGUCCUGUUAUCUGCCCAUCCUGCUGUUAACCCCUUCCCUGCUAGUACCUGUUAUCCACCCGUCACUCUAAAACCCCCUUCCCUACCAGUCCCUGUUACCCACCUAUCCAUGUGCUAACCCCUUCCCUGACAGUCCUGUUAUCUGCCCAUCCUGCUGUUAACCCCUUCCCUGCCAGUACCUGUUAUCCACCCAUCACUCUAAAACCCCCUUCCCUACCAGUCCCUGUUACCCACCUAUCCAUGUGCUAACCCCUUCCCUGACAGUCCUGUUAUCUGCACCAUCCUGCUGUUAACCCCUUCCUGCUAGUACCUGUUAUCCACCCGUCACUCUAAAACCCCCUUCCCUACCAGUCCCUGUUACCCACCUAUCCAUGUGGUAACCCCUUCCCUGACAGUCCUGUUAUCCUGCCAUCCCUGACAGUUGUUACCCCUGCUAGUACCUGUUAUCCACCCGUCAGUACCUGUUAUCCACCUAAAACCCCCUAUCCCUAACCACCCCUUCCCUACCACCUAUCCAUCCCAUCCUAACCCCUUCCCUGACAGUCCUGACCCAGUCCACAGUCCUGUUAUCUGCCAAUCCUGCUGUUAACCCCUUCCCUGCUAGUACCUGUUAUCCACCCACUCUAAACUCCCCUUCCCUACCAGUCCCUGUUACCCACCUAUCCAUGUGCUAACCCCUUCCCUGACAGUCAGUUAUCUGCCUGUUUGUUAACCUAGUACCUGUUAUCCACCCGUCACUCUAAAACCCCCUUCUCUACCAGUCCCUGUUACCCACCUAUCCAUGUGGUAACCCCUUCCCUGACAGUCCUGUUAUCUGCCCAUCCUGCUGUUAACCCCUUCCCUGCUAGUACCUGUUAUCCACCCGUCACUCUAAAACCCCCUUCCCUACAAGUCCCUGUUACCCACCUAUCCAUGUGGUAACCCCUUCCCUGACAGUCCUGUUAUAUGCCCAUCCUGCUGUUAACCCCUUCCCUGCUAGUACCUGUUAUCCACCCGUCACUCUAAAACCCCCUUCCCUACCAGUCCCUGUUACCCACCUAUCCAUGUGCUAACCCCUUCCCUGACAGUCCUGUUAUCUGCCCAUCCUGCUGUUAACCCCUUCCCUGCCAGUACCUGUUAUCCACCCAUCACUCUAAAACCCCCUUCCCUACCAGUCCCUGUUACCCACCUAUCCAUGUGCUAACCCCUUCCCUGACAGUCCUGUUAUCUGCCCAUCCUGCUGUUAACCCCUUCCCUGCUAGUACCUGUUAUCCACCCGUCACUCUAAAACCCCCUUCCCUACCAGUCCCUGUUACCCACCUAUCCAUGUGGUAACCCCUUCCCUGACAGUCCUGUUAUCUGCCCAUCCUGCUGUUAACCCCUUCCCUGCUAGUACCUGUUAUCCACCCGUCACUCUAAAACCCCCUUCCCUACCAGUCCCUGUUACCCACCUAUCCAUGUGCUAACCCCUUCCCUGACAGUCCUGUUAUCUGCCAAUCCUGCUGUUAACCCCUUCCCUGCUAGUACCUGUUGAUGCUUUUUCAUUUUUAAAAUGUUUUUGAUUUCUAAUUUAUAGUGUUUUCCUGGCUGUCGUAGCACACCUAGAGCACAGAACAUAAUUUCAGGGAACUCAGCACAAUAUAAAGCAUUGAUAGUGUAAUCUACACUGACGAGCCAUAUGUACAGAGCUACAGUUGUUUGUUAGUCAAGUGGACAUAAUCAAGAAACUAGGAGAAUGGUAGUUUGCUAGAGAGGGAUCUCAUUUGGGCUGGGGAUACUACAAGCAUAGGUUCAAAGGUCAAGACUGACUGGGUUAUUCACUAAAGACUGCAAACUCCAGAAAAAGUUAAAUGGAAUUCAUCAAUGUCCAGAUAUUCCUAUAUAGUCCCAGAACAGGCAUGAAUUUGAGAGAGAUUUACUCUGAACCAAAAAACAUUGAAAUUUCCUCUGAACCAAAAAAACAAACAUUGAAAUCUCGGCCUGGAGACUUCAACUCCAGGCCCGGAUUUAAAAAAUAAAUAUAAAAUCUAUACUAUUUGCCACAUAGUUAAAAUAGUUAAAAAUGCUCAUCUGUGCAAGGGUUAAUAAGGUGGUGGCCGGCCAGCGUAAUAAGACCCCCAUAUUACUAUAACAGAGGUGUUUUACCUCCAUAUGCCCCCACCUGCAAUGCGGGAGCAUGACUACUAAACAAAUGAGCAAUCGCAGCCAUUGUUGGGUGCAUGUAAUGUGUGUGGUAUGUUCUGGCUGUAUGUGAUGUGCGUGAUGUGUGCUGGCUCUAGGUGAUGUGUGUGUGUGGUGUGUGCUGGAUCAUCUGGUAGUCAUACAGACAAUUAAAAUACUUAAAAUACUUCUAUUAUGUUUGUAGCCAUAUAUAAUACAUUUUAUGUCAAUUUGUUUUAUAACAUGAAGGGAAAAAAAAGUAUGUAUCUGCUCAAAAUGAAAUGCGGAUAAAAUGACAUAUCUCAGCCGACGUGCAGGAGUCAUUUUCCUAUCCCCAUACUCGAGCUAUGCAUAAACAUGCUGUUAGGAGACAUGGUGAGACUUGAAAAGUAUAGAAGUAAAUUGAUUCCCAGGCUUUCUGUGAAAUCUAUGUACUUUCUGAAAGAGACAGCCAUACUUCAAUUUAGGUUCAGCUAACAUAAAAGUGAGAAGCUGAUUAAUGUUACUCGUUAUAUUCCAGUAAGUCUGAAUUUUAUAGCCAACAUGCAACCACUAGCUUUUCUUCUUGGAGAAAUUUCAGGUCAUUGACCAUGAUUGAAACGUUAGUUGUAGUCUGGUUGUCUGAAAACAUCAUGAGGUCAGUCAGAAUAUAGCUUUGAUUUGAAAAGAGUUGGUUAAGGAUUUUUCAGAUGUAGUGAUCCAGAAUAAAAAUGGAGGGUUUUCAAAUUCUAUGCUGCCUCUCAAUCAAUUUACCAUCUAAGUCUGCUUUAUAACACAGCCAGGCAGGCCCGGACUGGCCAUAGGGCACACCGGCAAAUGCCUGGUGGGCCGCGGUGGCCAAGCGCUGAGGCCGGCAGGGGAGGUCACAGGAUUGCGCUAUCUGAGCGCCGGCCCCACUGUGUUCCAUGACGGGCCGGUGGGGAGAUCAAAGAUGGCCAUGGCAAUGUUCUGGGCUAGAGUUCACUCACCACUAGGACCACCAGGGAUUGCAGCACGGUCCCCCCUCCCAGGUAAGAAGGGAGGGGGGAUAAAAUGCCUGUUUUUUUAUUUUUAUAAUAUUAUUUAAAUAAGUAAAUACAUUUAUAUUGUCAUUAACCUGCUUCCCCCAACACACAAUCCCUCCAAACACACAGCACCCCCCCACACCCUCCCACAGCAUCCACAUGCACCCUAACACACACAGCACCCUCACUCACACACUACACACCUCACUCACACACAGCACCCUCACUCACACAAAGCACCCUCACAUGCAGCACCCUUACACGCAGCACCCUUACACACACACACUGCACAACUCACACACAACACCCUCACACACACACAUACACUGCACAUUUCACACACACAGCAUCCUCACACACAGCAUCCACACACACACACACACACACACACACUGCACCCCUCACACACACACAUGCUGCACCCCUCACACACACACUAUACUCCUCACAAAUACACACUACACCCUUCACACACACACUGCACACCUCACACAUACACACAGCAGCCCCCAAACACACUGCACCACUCACACAAAUACACGCACACACAAUACUUCCAAACAUAUAUGUAUAUAUACUACAGAACCCCUCACACACAUGCUGCACCCCUAAACACAUUGUGCUUUAAUCACUACAGCGCUUCAUACAGCUUCGAGGAAUGAACAGCGGAGAUACCUAGUCGUGAUCUCGGAGCUCCGCUACAGACAUAAUAAUGCCGCCCUCUGAAGUAUGUGCGCACGUGCGGAGAAGCCGCGCAUGCGCACAAGGGAGCAAUGACGCUUCCAAAUGGAAGCAUCUGAUUGCUCCCUGCUCGCGCCCGCCUAUUUCGUCAUUUUGGAAUGCACCGUAGUAAUUAAUAUACUGGGUCAAAUAACCUGUAGUGGUAAACGGAUGAGAUCAUAUUACCACCAACACAGUGGUUCCUGAUAAAUCUCAGUAAAUCACUGUUUAGUAAACAUACACUAAGUAUUAGAUGUAGAAUUGCUUUGGAAUACACCAUAGUAAUUAAUAUACUGGGGCAAAUAGCCUGUAAUGGUAAUCGUAUGAGAUCGCAUUACCACCAGCACAGUGGUCCUGAUAAGCAUCAGUAAAUCAUUGUUUAGUAGAUAUACAUUGAGUAUUUGAUGUAGAAUUGCUAAUGAGCACACUGUGCAAAGGUUGGUAUAAUAGUAUCAAUGGCUGGAAUGGCUACAUAUAAAUGUAACAGUAACAAUAAUUGUGUUCACAGUUUAAAAAAUGUAGCUGAAUCUCCUACUGAUUUGUAAGGAGACAAACCUAAUACAUAGCUAUGUCAGAUACUGUAAUAGAGUGGGGAAAAUUGGGGAUAAGGAUGAUUGAAGGAAAUAAGGGUUAAAUAACUUGCCCUUUUGUGCUCUAAGGGCACCAGAGGGGAAUAAGAAUGGGAAAUAGGAGUAAAUUACUUUCCCUAUUUUGCCUUCGUGGGCACCCCUUACCCCUAAGAAAGUCCCUAUCCUAUUUAACAGUGAUCGUCACCCCAACCACCCGUGUAAUAAAAUGGAUAGCAAAAUCCUUGAUAGCCGAAAUAGUAAAGAUGUGUAAGGUCUUAAGUGCCAGAUUGCAGUGCUUAAGAAAAUAUAGUGAGAACAGUGAAGCCCCUGGCCCCUGACGCGCGUUUCACUAAAUUAGCUCAUCAGAGGGGAACCGGACCUCUAAUUUUGCUGGUUUAUAAAGGGGAGGCACCAAUAGUCUUUGAGAUUUAUCGGGAAAUGUAUUGGAAAGAAAAAAUUGUCACAUAUGUAUGGGAGGAGGAGGACUUGAGUCUGAGAAUAAACCUUGUUACGGAAAAACUUAUAAUGGAUGAUCAGGUCACUAAUUUCAUCGGAUAGAACCGAUAAUUGUAAAAAAGCAAUUGAAAUGACACACUGGAUAAUUGUGAAUGAGUUGCUAUUUACAUAAAUUAUUUAUUAUUUGGAAAAUGUAAAGAGUUUGACCAUUGAUGUUAUAGUAACCCAGUGAUUUAAGGAGUUCUACAUGCAGGAACCCACAUGUAAACAAUACAAGUGAAAAAAUAUACUAAAUGAAUAAUUACAUUAUUAUAUUCAUUGUAAUGAUAUUUAAUGGUAGAUCGUUUUGUUAUAUUAAAUUCAGUUGCUGUGUUGUUGAAGGUUAAAACGAGAUAUUCCCAUGGGAUAUGGUUGAAAAUGAGUGUAUUAUUAGUCAAAUACUAGAAAAUGCAACCACUGCGUGUAAGUUAGUUAGUACAAUUGGUAGUAUGCCGUGCUGUCAUGUGAGAAAAAAUUACCGCAAUAGAAGGGCGGAUGUCCAUUGUAAAAUAUCCCAUUCUAAUUUAAAAAAGGGAGAGAGAUCUCUUGAUAAACCAUUGUAUAAGUGGUUAUCCUGAAUUGAUUAUAUUGGGGAUAGUGGAUGGAAAAAAAUCAUUAAUUCCCAUGAUGAUGAUAUCAUUUUUUGGAAGAUACCAUGUUUCAGAAGAAGCCUAUCCUAUAAUGAAACAGAAAAUAAAUGAAAUAAUGAGAUUAAAAUAAAUAAAAAAAAGUGGAAAAAAAUGAUUAGAAUAAAUGCAAAUGAUACAAUAAUCAUAGGCGUGCGCAGCCUAUUGCAUUAGGGUGUGCACCCUAAAGCACAAACACACGCCGUGUGUGUGUGUGUGUAUGUAUCUAUAUAUAUAUAUAUAUAUAUAUAUAUAUAUAUAUAUAUAGAUACAUACACAAACACACACACAUACACUGCUGUGUGUGAGGGUGCUGUUAGUGUGAUGUGAGGGUGUUUGUGUGUGUUUGUGACUGUGCUGUUUGUGUGUGAGGGUGUUUGUGUGUGUAUGUUUGUCCUGUGAGGGUGCUGUUUGUGUGAGUGUCGUGUAUUUGUGAGGGUGCUGUUUGUGUGUGUGUGUGAGGGUGUUGUUAGUGUGCUGUGUGUGAGGGUGUUGUGUUUUUUUUAAAGGUGCUGUGUGUGUUUGUGAGGGUGCGGUUAGUGUACUGUGUGUGUGUGAGCUGUAUGUGUGUAGGUGCUGUAUGUAUGUGUGCUGUAUGUUUGGAGGGAUUUGGCAGAUUAGUAAAUCCUUGCUGCCAUGUGCCAUCCCUGGUGGUCCAGUGGAGAGUGAACUCUAGCCUGCGGGGCUAGAGUUAACUCUCGCGAGAUCUGAGCAUUGCCACAGCAACACUCAGAUAUUGCGAGAGGAACCUGGCGGAGCUUCUGUCUAGAGCUCCCUGGGUCCUCUCCUGCCUCCCUCCAUGCUGCUGUGGGCCGGUGAGGUAGAUCUUUGGUCUCCCCGCCGGCCCAUGGAGGCUUAGAGCAGAGCCGGCACUCAGAUAGCGCCGGCUCUGUGUGUGUGUGUAUAUAUAUAUAUAUAUAUAUAUACGUACACACACACACACUCACAGACACACACACUCACAGACACACACACAUUCACUGACACACUCACACACACACAUUCACAGACACACACAUACACUCACAGACACACACACACUCACUCACAGACACACACUCACACAGACACACAUUCACAGACACACACUCACUCACUGACACACUCACACACAUACAUACACUCACACACACACACAUUCACAGACACACACACUCACACAGACACACACAUACACUCAGACACACACACUCACAGACACACACACUCACAGACACACACACACACAUUCACAGACACAAGAACAAAUUAUUACAUUUUAAUUUUAAAAAAAUGUCCACCCAGCCUCCUGGAGUGCUGGCGUGGACUUGUCCCUGGGGUCCAGUGGGGCGGGUGCCUCUCUGCAGCUCAGCCGCGGCGAGGGAGCUGUGUGCUGUCUGCGCUCUGCUCCCUCUCGCCGCGCGGGCUGUCUGCUGUAGCUGGGAGCCGGAAUAUGACGUCAUAUUUCGGCUCCCGGCAUCAGCGCGCGGCGAGAGGAAGCAGAGAGCAGACAGCCCCCUCGCAGCGCCUGAGCUGCAGAGAGGGGGGGGAUCCAUCACCUCUUGCCCCCCCCAUGAACGCUGUUCCUGCAGGACUCAAACCAUAGGCAUGCCACGGGGAUUAGGGUGUGCCCAGGAACACCCGGCACACCCCGUGCGCACGCCUAUGACAAUAAUAAUGAUGCUUUAUAAUGAUAAUGGAUAAAUAAAAGAAAAAUGAUACUGGGUAAAAAUUAAUAAGCCAAGAUUGUGGUGGCUAAUGACUGAAAUGUGAGAUAUUAACUGUAAGUAAAUACCUAUAGGGACAAAGACAAAAAAAUCAUAAAGAUAAAUGUGAUGACUGAUGAUGAUCCUUUUGUUUGUGGAUUAAAGGAAAUAGAAGUGGACAUAUGCUCAUUGGAGCUAGCUUAUCCAUGAAUAAAGGGGGUGAAGUUGAACUCUUCGUUUAGACCUAGAGGUGCUAAUGUUUCAAAGAUAUGUAUCCAUUUGGAUUCUUGUUUUAGUAAGCCAAUGAGCGUAUAUCCACUUCUAUUUCCUUUAAACCACAAACAAAAGGAUUAUCACCAGUUAUUUUUUUGUCUAUAGUACUAUCUGUCGUGCUUUGUGGCUAGUUCUUGGUCCAGUCCCUUUUUGGACUUUUUAUUUUUAUUUAUUAAAAGUUAAGUCUUAUCAUAGGUGACAUUUCACCCUCUUAGUAUUCUAUUGUCAGUACCAAGUGUUGCUUUGUUUCUCGUUUGUCUAAUAAUAAUAAUUAUAAUAAUAAUGUCAAACUAACUUACUGACAUUCUACAAAGAAAUAAAAAAAGAUCACGGUGUUGCAGUGAUUGUAGUUGGAUUUUGCAUAGGCAGUUUAUAUGGUGUUCAAACUAAAAGAAAUUUGUCUAGAUGAAAAUUCUUCUUAUUCGACAGAACAUUAGCUUAAAAAUUAAGUGCAGAGAGUUGUUAUUAAUGGUAUAUUUUCAAGCUGUACAAAAGUGGUAAGUAAUGUCCCUUUAGGGUCCUCUUGUGAGGCCCCUUCUAUUCAACAUAUUUAUAAAUGAUCUUGAUAUAGGCAUCAAAAGCCAUGUUUUUACAGUGUUUGCGGAUUACACAAAACUCUCUAAAGUAAUACCUUGUGAGCAAGAUAUUACUUUUCUGUAGAGUGAUUUAAAUAGAUUGGGGGACUGGGCACUCAAAUGGCAGAUUCAUUUUAAUGGAGAUAAAAUAGAAAAUUUGCAGUUGGGGUGAAGAAUGCACAAGUUACUUACACCUUACGUGGUAGUGAACUAGGGAUAACAACAGAUGAGAAGGAUUUUGGAAUUGUUAUAGACAUCAAACUAGGCAACAAUGUGCAAUAGCAAUCAGCGGUUUUAUAGGCCAGUUAGGUAUUGUCAAGCACAAAAAGAGGAAUUAUCAGGAUGAAAAUAUAGUUUUCCUCUUUAUAAGCCAAUAGUAAGAUCACACUUAGAGUAUAAGAUUCAAUUUUGGACAACUGUUCUAGAGAAGGAUAUUAUGGCACUAGAAAAAGCGCACAGACGGGCUACAAAAUUAAUAAAAGGAUUGGUAAAUUUUAGUUACAAAAGGUUAACAAAUUGAAAUAUGUUUAGUUUACAGAAACGGCACAUCAGAGGGGAUAUGACAGCAUUCUACAAAUAUAUUUGGGGCCAAUACAAAUCAUUGUUUGGAAAUCUGUUCAUAAACAGGACUAUAAAUAGGGCACAAUGUUGCCCAUUUAGACUGAAAGAAAGGAGAUUUAGUCUAAGGCAAAGGAAAUGUUUUUGUUUACCUUAAUUAAUUUUGUUUACAACGAGGAUAUGAAAUUCUCUGGUUUUAUCAGAGUCUGUACAUAUGUUUUAAAAGCACCUGGAUGAAUAAAGUUACAUCCAUCAUUUUAUCUAUCUAUCUAUCUAUCUAUCUAUCUAUCUCAGUAAAAACAAGCUGGACUUAAUAAAUCUCUAUUUUGUAUUUCUUUCCCUACUCUUCUAACCAGUUGUAGCUCUGUUUUUUGUUUGGAGUUUAUGAGAAACAUGAUAUACUGAUAAUUGUAGUGUUUUGGGCUGUUGUUGUUUUCUCCUAAUAAUUUAUUAUUGUGCUCAAUUUUAGGUUUAUAGCUUGCGUAUUUUUUUAUUUUGUUAAAGUGUUUUUACCUAUGAAUUCAUCAGACAAUGGGAUUUAUUCAUGAAGUAUUAAAUGGUAGUGAAUGGAAAUUUGUUUGUCUAUAUAAGCAAAUACUUGUACCGGUAAAAGACAAUUGUUCACGUGAGUUGUUUUUGUUUUCUAUUGUUUUACAGAGCAUGCUCCUAGAAUUGUCUUCCAUCAUGAAAAAAUAACAUCUCAUGUUCUAGGAAACAUUUUUUUUUUGUGUGAAUUGCUCCGUGUGUGACCUAUGUACACAAAUCAAAUAUAAAAGCAGAAAUGUGAGCGAUUUAUCCACCAAUUAUCUCAAUCCUAAUCUAAACAUCAGUGUACUCCAUGUACCACUUAUUUAAGAAGUGAGGACACCACCGUGGUAUGCAGAGGCACGGUGCAACUAUGGUUUUUCAAAAAUGUAUCACUAUUAAACCUGUAGAUGUACACAGCACUUUACCAGCAGAAAAUCAACUACAAGAAUACAUGAGGAUACCAGACAAACACAGGACAAGGGCUGUAGGACCAACUGUCAUCAAGAGUCAAAUUGCGUAAAAAAUAUUAAUGACUGUGUGCAACGGGGAAUCUCAAAUAACCAGCCUAUGCAGGAGAAAAUGCACCAAUAACCAGACCUGAUGCCAAGAGCAAACACCAGCACUGUGUGAUCUCAAUAUUUAGAGAAUGUGACCAGGUCCCAGAGCUCAAGCUUCUAAUAUUACUAAGCAAGAAUAGGCACCAUUAUUUAUACAUCAUUUUCUACAUGGUACAUAUUGAAUUUAGGUACCUAAAUGGACAAAAAUGUAUACAUAAGUGAAAUAUUGUGGACAAUUUUAAGCCCUCCAACUAUGAACUAGGCGGAAUACCCACCACUAUCAGCAAGUGAAAAGAGGAAAUCAGAAAUCCAACAAUAGUAGUAUGCUGUCAGGUUACCCUCAUGUGAUCUAGUCCAAUAUUGAUUCUACAGAAUGUUUUUAAACAGAAUAUUUUGCCACAAUGUGCCACAUUUCAAAGAAGCUUGGAUGUGACUAAUACAUGUUUUAUAUUUACUUUUUUUUUUUUUACACUAGCCUUUAAGUACAUAACCUUCAGGAUAUUCUUUGAAAUAACCAACAGUUAAAAUGUGUUGCCCUCAAUUCCAAUAAAAGGAGUCCAUAUUCCUACGAGAAGUGUUUUUCGUCUUCUGCAGCCAUGCUAAGUCUAAACAAUAGACAGUGCCAAUGUCUAUAAGGCCAGUUGAUCAGUGGCCUAGUGUAUGCUGUAACAAUACCAGUUACCAUUCCCCACUUCCUAUCGGCUUCUUGUUUGAGGGCUGCGUGAGUUGCCCUGGAAGCCACCUAGACUCCUGGCUUGGGCCUUUUCACUUCCACUGAAAACUAGUGCGUGAUGUCAUUGAAGUCAGGUUAGCGGAAAAUCAGGACCACAACCGAGUAACCAUGUCAACCCGCUUCUUCCUGGGCCUUGGCCUAUGUUGAUGCAUCAGUAGAUUAAGAUAGUGGGGAAAGAAGCCAGAACAGAAAUAAGGGGCAGUGAGCAGGAUUCCUUUGUGUGCGAGUCCUAGCCUCUUGGGAAUCCACUGAUCUGAAUGUUUUUUUACUGAUUGUACACAACACUUACGCGAUUACUGGUACCUUCACUUUACCCUAAGUCUUGAUUGCCUAAGUGGCUAUUGAUUAAGGUGGCUUCCUAGAUUAUCCCUAUAUUGGUGAAAUACAUGUCUCAUCCUACAGGCUAGCUGAGCAUCAUGGGAAAUGCGAUUCAAUAACAUCUGCAGUUUGAGCUAAUAUAUAUUUAGCAUCACCGUUACUUAGUUUCUGGUGGCAAUCUUGUAAUGCUGGCACUAUAGGUGAUUGUCAGCUACAGUUACUGUGAUUCUCAGCCAACCUAUAGACAAA